UGGUCUCGAUUGUAAAUGUCAUGUAGAAAAUUGUCAAAAAUCAUUGAACGUCCCACGAGCACGGGCAAAAUUACGGUCAUCACCAUAGAAACUCCGAAAAUAAUCCCAACUUUAAUCCCAUAAGGCACAUUGAUCGAUUUCUAUCAACUUACAAAUGGAUAAAGAAACGGCCGUGCUACAGCGCAAGCUGGAAUCCGAGUUGAAAAACUACAAAGAUGCCCAAAAAGAAUUCAACAAGCUUGUCCAGCAACAGCAGCUUCUUGAUGGCCAGUAUAAUGAAAAUAAGAAUGUUUUAGAGGAACUGCAGCUGUUGAAACCAACAAACACGGUUUAUAAACUUUACGGACCGGUGCUGGUGAAACAGGAACUGGAGGAAAGUAAGCAAAAUGUGGCCAAACGUAUCGAAUACAUCAAUAAAGAGUUGAAAAAAUGCACGGAUAACAUAAGCAACCUUGAGCAGAAACAGGAUAAAUACCGAGCCAAUUUGCAGAAGUUACAGCGGCAGUACCAGAAUCAAAUAGCUCUCACGAAGCCUUAGGGAUCUGCAGCAUCAAUCAAUGUUUAUAUUCAGUACAUACGCAUUGUUAAAGCUGUAAAAAGUUUUAGUGAUUGUUAUUAAGCAUAACAUCAAUCUAGUAGCAUUAGAUAAGGAAAAAUGCUUCAACUCGUAAUAUCUAAUUCCAAGAUUGAGGUUGUGCUUAGAACAAAAGUCACUUUUGAGAACUUUUUGUAAUAUUUAACAUGAAUACCCAUUAAAAUAACAUCCUUAGCGUCGAAAAA